UGUUGAUUACAUCUCCGGUGAAGACUCCCUCGUAUACCCCUCAUAUGUCUCAUUUGUAAUAGAGACUAAUGAUUACAGUGGGGUGGGAAGGAGCAGCUGCUCAUUAAUUAAUUUCUAAUUAAAAGUGCCUCCCCUCCUCGGUGACUAAGGAGAAACACGGUUCGUCGGGGCGCUAUUGACUCCGCGGAUGAAAUUCAUUUGUUACAGCCGUGCACCCUCCGCCCGGGGCGGCGCGGCCGAGCGACCCACGCGUCUGCCGCCCGGCCGGGCUGCGCGGAGUGGGGCUGACGUCAGAGCCUCCGCCGCUUAAAGCCGCGCACCGCUGACUUGACGGAUUCGCACGACUCAUUGUUUUUUUUUUUUUUUCCUUUUUUGCAAAAUAUGUAUUUGUGUCGCCGCUGCGAGGCCGGUCGGUCCCAGAGCCCCCUCGAGGCUCCGGAUUGUGAAGCUAAAAGGAUCGCCGCGGCCGUCGCGGCUCACUUUCCUACCCAGUUAGAAAAGUUUGCGGAGCGCGUGUCUGAAUUAACCCGCUCUUCUGCUUUGCCCUCCCAGCGCCUAGAAGCCGGCGGCCCCGGAGCAGUGGCCGCGCCACGCCGUCCCCCUCGCGCAGGACCCCGCCGGCCCCGCCCGCCGACCCCGGGCCGCGCCCGCCAUGUCCUACCCGCAGUUUGGGUACCCCUACUCCUCGGCACCCCAGUUCCUGAUGACCACCAACUCCCUGAGCACGUGCUGCGAACCCGGUGGCCGCACGCUGGCCGAGUCCAGGCCGGCUGCCUCGGCCCAGGCGCCCGUCUACUGCCCGGUCUACGAGAGCCGGCUGCUAGCCACCGCGCGCCACGAGCUGAACUCAGCGGCGGCGCUUGGCGUCUACGGGGGCCCCUACGGCGGCUCGCAGGGCUACGGCAACUACGUGGCCUACGGUUCUGAGGCGUCUGCCUUCUACUCGCUGAACAGCUUCGACUCCAAGGACGCACCGGCAUCUGCGCAUGCGGGCCUCGCUCCAGCUGCAGCCACAGCCUACUACCCCUACGAGCCGGCGUUGGGCCAGUACCCCUACGACAGCCGCGUGGGCCUGGCGCUGGCCGCCUGCCCGCGGUGCAGGGGCCGCUGCCGGCGCCCCAUUGCCCAGCCUGUCUCCAGGUACGGGACCAUGGACAGCGGCACGCGGCGGAAGAACGCCACGCGCGAGACCACCAGCACGCUCAAGGCCUGGCUGCAGGAGCACCGCAAGAACCCCUACCCCACCAAGGGCGAGAAGAUCAUGCUGGCCAUCAUCACCAAGAUGACCCUCACGCAGGUCUCCACCUGGUUCGCCAACGCGCGCCGGCGCCUCAAGAAGGAGAACAAGAUGACGUGGCCGCCGAGGAACAAGUGUGCGGAUGAGAAGCGGCCCUACGCGGAGGGCGAGGAGGAAGAGGGGGGCGAGGAGGAAACCAGGGAGCAGCCCCUCAAGAGCACCAAAGGUGCAGAGCCGAUAGGCAAAGAGAAGGAUCUGGAGCUCAGCGACUUGGAGGACUUCGACCCCCUGGAGGGGGAGCCCCCAGAGUGCGAGCUGAAGCCGCCCUUCCAGCCCCUGGACGGAGGCCUGGAUCGAGUCCCCACCGUGCCAGACGGCCCCAGCGCCCCAGGGAAGGAGGCUCCGGGCGCCCUCCGGAUGCCCCUGGCCGCCGGGGGUGGGGCCACUCUGGACCAGAACCUGGAGAGGGCCCGGAGCUGCCUCCGGAGCACGGCGGCUGGGCCGGAGCACCAGGCGGGCGCGGGCGCGGGGGUUGGCCCGCAGGCCUGCGAGACCAAGCUGGGCUUUGCUCCGGCUGGGGCGUCGGCGGGCCUCGAGGCCAAGCCGCGCAUCUGGUCCCUGGCACACACGGCCACCGCGGCCGCCGCCACCGCCCUCGGCCAGACUGAGUUUCCCUCGUGCAUGCUCAAGCGCCGAGGCCCCGCUGGCCCUGCGGCCCCCUCCUCGGCGCCCACCUCCUCCUCGCCUGCGGCCCCGGCUCCCGCCGGUGCCCUGGACAGGCACCAGGACUCCCCGGUAACCAGUCUCAGAAACUGGGUGGACGGGGUCUUCCACGACCCCAUCCUCAGACACAGCACUUUGAACCAGGCCUGGGCCACCGCCAAGGGCGCCCUCCUGGACCCGGGGCCGCUGGGCCGCUCGCUGGGGGGGGGCGCCAACGUGCUGACGACGCCCCUGGCGCGCUCCUUCCCGCCCGCCGCGCCCCAAGACGCCCCCGCCUCCGACGCAGCCAAGGAGCUGCUGGCCACGCCCAAGGCCGGCGGCAAGCCCUUCUGCGCCUAGCUUGGCCGGGCGCCUGGGCGAGGAGGCAGCCGGCGCUCCGGCUGCAGGCUCCAGCGUGGCCGACCCUUUUGCUACCGAGUUUCCAAAGUGAGGCAAGAGCUCGGCAAAGCUCAGGCCGCCAACCCACCCUGGAGGGAGGAUCUGAA